AUGGCAAAUUUUGAAAACGAAGGAGCUGCAAGUGAUAAAGAAUUAAACGAAAGUAAUAUUAGUACUGGAGGAGAAACUUCUCAAGAUUGUCAAGAAGAAAUAGAAAGUAUUGUCCGAACUGAUGAAGAACAAAGAGAAAAGUUGGUAAAAUUACCAUUAGGUAGGAUAAAAACAAUUAUAAAGAUGGAUCCCGAAGUGAGUAUGGUGAACCAAGAAGCAGUUUUCUUAAUUGCAAAAUCUACGGAACUUUUUAUUGAUUCUCUUGCUAAAGAAUCAUAUAAAUACACAGCACAAAUGAAUAAAAAGACAGUACAAAAAAGAGACGUAGAAAGUGCAGUUGAUAAUAUAGAUGCACUUGUAUUUUUGGAAGGAAUGCUUGAUUAGUACUUCUUUUUUCCAUUUAGUUGAUGAUAUUACACAUCGAAGCUUGUUGGACCAUUGAGCCUGAGCCUAUACAAGCAACUCUACAGGGUGAGAUAUUUGAAUAGACCAACCUCUUACAAGGAGUGAUAUUUUCCAAGUUUACCAUAUGAAGAAA